ACCAUGGCAAGAGGUUCCUCUCAGUCGCAGUCCGCCGCUUCCUCCACCACAUCCCGUCCAGGCGUCAUGGCUCCCCGCGGCUCAGCUGCUGCAACAGCCGGCAUGCGCCGCCGCAGGCUUGUCGCAGGCGCCUCCUCUGCCUCCGCCUCGGACUCCGUGGGCUCCGGUUCUGCAAGCAACAUGCUCCGAUUCUACACCGACGAUGCUCCGGGCUUGAAGAUCUCCCCCACCGUUGUCCUAGUCAUGAGUCUUUGUUUCAUUGGCUUCGUCACCGCUCUCCACGUUUUCGGCAAGCUCUAUCGCGCCAAAGCCGGAUCUGGGCCCUGAGUCAUGACCCGAACCCGAUCUUCUUUUCCGGAUUUGUGACCGGUUCAUGAAUCUAUAACUGAAUUCUACUCUUCCUUUUUCUUUUUUUAAAUUCGGGUUGUGGUUUCGUUUGAGCAAUUUUGGUUUUAGCUCUGUAAAUAAUGGAUGGCAUGCUCGUUAUCUAGUGUUUUUUGAUGCUGUGAAUUUCUAAUUUCGUUCAUUUUAUUACU